AUGGCCAGUUCUCAGGGACUGCUGACAUUCGAGGAUGUGGCCAUAGAAUUCUCUCAGGAAGAGUUAAUAUACCUGAACUACAGUCAACGCGAACUAUACAGGGAUGUGAUGUUAGAGAACUACGGACACCUCCUUUUCUUAGGUCUUGUUGUGUCAAAGCCAGACCUGGUCAUCUUUUUGGAACACAAGAAGGGUGUCUGGGCCGUGGAGAGAAAGGAGACAGUAGCUACACACCCAGGUAGGUGA